UUUUAUUUUAAAAGAGUCAGAGCGGAAAUGCGCUUCAGCACCAACGUGAGCUUGGCGAGUUGACGGCAGUAAAGUUCACAGCUGCAGACCAGCAGUCAUCAUCGUAGUUCUAGUUUAAUUUGUUCGGACCCGCUGAAGAUGCUGUCUUACAUCGUCGGUCUGAUCAGGAGCGGCUUCGACGGCAUCAUAAGCCUUAUCUUCAGGCUUCUGUUCUCCAAGAGGAGGCCCGCCAUCACUUUGGAGGACCCCAACAUCAAGUACGCGCUGCGGCUUAUCGAUAAGCAGGUUGUCAGCCAUGAUACCAGGAAGUUCCGAUUCGCCCUGCCGUCCCCGGGUCACGUGCUGGGUCUCCCCGUGGGACAGCACAUCUACUUGUCGGCCAAGAUCGACGGCAAGCUGGUGGUGCGACCUUACACGCCCGUGUCCAGCGAUGACGACAAAGGCUACGUGGACUUGGUCAUCAAGGUCUACUUCAAAGGCGUCCAUCCCAAAUUCCCAGAAGGCGGGAAGAUGAGUCAGCACCUGGAGAGCCUCAGGAUCAACGAUACCAUCGACUUCAGAGGACCCAGCGGACUUCUGGUCUACAAGGGCAGAGGGGUUUUUGCCAUCCAGGCAGACAAGAAGAGUCCAGCUGUGACCAAGACCAGCAGACACGUGGGCCUGAUCGCGGGCGGCACCGGAAUCACACCCAUGCUGCAGCUCAUCACCGCCGUCAUGAAGGACCCUCAGGACCGGACCGUGUGCCACCUGAUCUUUGCCAACCAGACGGAGAAGGACAUCCUGCUGAGGCCUGAGUUGGAGGAGAUUCAAGUCAACAACCCGGAGCGCUUCAAGCUGUGGUUGACCGUGGACCGAGCCCCCCCCAAGUGGGAGUACAGCGAGGGCUUCAUCAACGAGGACAUGAUUCGGGAACAUCUGCCGCCGCCCGCCGACGACGUCCUCAUCCUGAUGUGCGGCCCCCCUCCCAUGAUCCAGUUCGCCUGCAACCCCAACCUGGACAAGGUGGGACACGCGGCCGAGCGCAGGUUCACCUUCUAGACGACGGAUUUGCUUGUGCUGGUGCACUGCUGCCACCUGGUGGUCACACGUGGAUCUUUCCCGGCUCACUUUCACGCUAACAAAUAUUUAGGUGCCUUAAAUGUUGGCUCUUUGCGUCUUCAUCACCGACGGUCCAGUUGAUGACCAAACAAUCCCGUCAGCACUUUAUUAGACAGCCAAGCUUCGUCCGGAAAACAUCAUUCCAUAAGCUUUAAGGAAUGUUUUUUGCUAAAAACAAAUUAUGGAAACACGUCAACAUGCAUCAGUACUGAAUUGUAUGCAGCAACUUUGUUUGUUUGCUAAUAUGCUAAUAUGCUAAAGCAGUAAAAGCAAACAACUC